GCGGGCGGCGGCGGGCGGCGGCGGGCGGUCCGGGAGACACGCGCCGGCCUGACCCUAUGCGGUGACUCGCGCGGCGCAGGCGCCUCCUGCCCCGCCGGCGGGGCCCGGGCUCCCCGCGGCGGGAUGUUCUCCCGAAGGAGCCACGGGGAUGUGAAGAAGUCCACGCAGAAGGUGCUGGACCCCAAGAAGGACGUGCUGACCCGCCUGAAGCACCUGCGGGCGCUGCUGGAUAACGUGGAUGCAAGCGAUCUUAAGCAGUUUUUUGAGACCAACUAUUCUCAGAUAUAUUUCAUCUUCUAUGAAAAUUUUAUAACACUGGAAAAUAGUUUGAAAUUAAAAGGGAAUAAUAAGUCACAAAGGGAGGAGCUGGACUCCAUCCUCUUUCUUUUUGAAAAAAUACUGCAGUUUCUACCUGAACGAAUUUUCUUUCGAUGGCAUUACCAGAGUAUAGGCUCAACGUUAAAGAAGCUUCUACACACUGGAAAUUCUAUUAAGAUAAGAUGUGAAGGAAUCAGGCUGUUUCUCCUGUGGCUCCAAGCGCUUCAGACAAACUGUGCAGAAGAGCAGGUGCUGAUCUUUGCUUGCCUGGUGCCCGGUUUCCCAGCCGUCGUGUCGUCCAGGGGGCCCUGUACGCUGGAGACACUCAUCAAUCCUGGCCCCAGCGCGGCUGACGCAAAGAUAUAUCCAGAAGAAAUCACGCCACUCCUGCCAGCCAUAUCAGGGGAAAAGAUCACUGAGGACCAAACAUGCUUUUUUCUUCAAAUACUGUUGAAAUAUAUGGUUACUCAGGCCGCAAGCUUGGAGUGGAAGCACAAGGAGAAUCAAGAGACUGGUUUUAAAUUUCUUUUUACAUUGUUUAGAAAGUAUUACCUUCCUCAUUUGUUUCCAUCAUUUACCAAGUUAACGAACAUCUACAAGCCUGUGCUUGACAUCCCCCACUUGAGACCAAAGCCCGUGUAUGUUACUACAACUCGAGACAGUGAGAACACUUACAGCACAAAAACCCCAUACAUGGCAGCUCGCGUUGUUUUUAUUAAGUGGAUCGUGACUUUCUUUUUGGAAAAAAAGUAUCUAACUGCAACACAAAACACUAAGAAUGGAGUUGAUGUAUUGCCCAAAAUCAUUCAGACGGUCGGGGGUGGAGGUGCGGUGCAGGAGCGGGCGCCGGAGCUGGACAGCGGCGGGGCGGCCGAGCAGGACAGAAGCCACUCGGACAGCAGCACCCUGUCCGAGCGCCGGCUCAGCAGCUGCAGCGUCUGCGGCGUUGAGGAGGAGCACCGCGCUGUGUACGAGAUGGUCCAGCGCAUCCUCCUGUCCACGCGUGGCUACGUCAACUUCGUGAACGAGGUGUUCCGCCAGGCAUUUUUGCUGCCUUCCUGUGACAUAGCUGUAACCAGAAAAGUAGUUCAAGUGUACAGAAAGUGGAUCCUCCAGGACAAACCUGUGUUCAUGGAGGAACCAGACAUAAAAGAAGUUGCCCAAGAAGAUGCUGAAAAAUCAGGAUUUUCAGAGACUGAUAACAAGCAGACCUCAUCUGAAAGUUCUGGUCACAAGCGAUCUUCCAGUUGGGGACGAACUUACUCCUUCACGAGUGCUGUGAGCAGAGGGUGUGUGACUGAAGAGGAGAAUAAGAACGUGAAGGCUGGGGCCCAGGCUAUGCUGCAGGUAUUUUUGACAAACGCUGCAAACGUCUUUUUGCUGGAACCGUGUGUGGAAGUUCCCAUGCUCUUGAAGGAGCAAGUUGAUGCGUGUAAAGCUGUUCUGAUUAUUUUUAGGCACAUGAUAAUGGAGCUUACAAUGAAUAAAAAGACAUGGGAACAGAUGUUGCAAAUACUACUCAGGAUAACAGAAGCUGUCAUGCAGAAGCCAAAGGAUAAACAAAUAAAGGACUUGUUUGCCCAGAGCUUGGCAGGGUUACUGUUUAGGACGCUCCUAGUGGCCUGGAUCCGCGCAAACCUCUGCGUGUACAUCUCUCGGGAGCUCUGGGACGACUUCCUCGGGGUGCUGUCCUCCCUCACGGACUGGGAGGAGCUCAUCCACGAGUGGGCCAGCAUCAUGGACUCCUUGACGGUGGUGCUUGCCAGGACCGUGUACGGAGUUGAGAUGACAAACCUACCUCUGGACAAAUUAAGUGAACAGAAGGAGAAGAAGCAGCGAGGCAAAGGCUGUGUUCCAGAUUCUCAGAAAGGAACCACCGUGGGGAGAUCCUUUUCUCUGAGCUGGCGGAGCCACCCCGACGUGGCCGAGCCCAUGCGAUUCAGGAGUGCCACCACAUCCGGGGCGCCGGGAGUUGAGAAAGCGAGAAACAUCGUCCGCCAGAAAGCAACCGAAGUGGAAGAAUGCCCGCAGCCGGAAAAUGCAGCUGCAGCCGAAUCCGGCCCCCUGGCGGCAGCCGAGCAGCAGCCAAUGGUUCGGAGCAGCAGCAGCCCUGACGUCACGGAGCCGCUGUGCUCAGAGGCCCCUCCGGGUCAAAAGGUAGAAAAUGCACAGAAUGUGAGUUCUUCAGAGCCCAGGCCUGUUCAGGAGAGCAAAGGACAUGAGAAGAAAGAACAUGAAGGAAUAACAAUCUUAGUACGAAGAAGCAGCAGCCCCGCUGAAUUGGAUUUGAAAGAUGAUUUGCAGCAGACGCAAGGAAGAUACAGGGGGAGACAGAAGAGUGACAGUGUCAGCAGUGACCCUGCUCUGGGCUGCAGCACCGAGGCAGAGCUGUCCCUGAGCCCGUGGCAGAUCUGCGAGGAAGACCCAGAACUGAGCACGCCCACGGAUGCUGUGACUGACUCCGAUGCCCGCCACUGGUUGCAACUCAGUCCCACGGAUGCUUCCAACCUCACAGAUAGCAGCGAAUGCCUUGCUGAUGACUGUAGCAUAAUCGCUGGGGGGACCCUCACGGGUUGGCACCCAGACUCGGCUGCCGUGUUAUGGCGAAGAAUCUUGGGAAUCCUCGGAGACGUGAAUAAUAUCCAGUCACCCAAGAUCCAUGCCAGAGUGUUUGGCUAUCUCUAUGAACUCUGGUACAAGCUAGCGAAGAUACGGGAUAACCUAGCAAUAAGCCUGGAUAACCAGUCUUCUCCGUCUCCUCCCGCCUUGAUCCCACCCCUCAGAAUGUUUGCAUCAUGGCUAUUUAAGGCGACAACACUGCCCGAUGCCUAUAAGGAAGGCAAGCUCCAAGCCUACAAGCUGAUCUGCGCCAUGAUGACCCGACGCCAGGACGUGCUGCCCAACUCGGACUUCCUGGUGCAUUUUUACCUCAUCAUGCACCUGGGACUAACCAGCGAGGACCAGGAUAUCUUAAAUACCAUUGUAAGGCACUGCCCACCCCGCUUCUUCUCCCUGGGUUUGCCUGGCUUCUCCAUGCUGGUGGGGGACUUCAUCACGGCCGCUGCCAGGGUCCUCAGUGCAGACACGCUGGCGGCCCCUCGUUUGGAAGCCCUCACCAUUCUUGGGUCUCUGGUCUGCUUUCCCAACACCUACCGCGAGAUCCCUCUGUGGCAGCCGGUGCCCGAAGUUACUGAAGUCACCAGGGGAACGGAAGAUGUCAAGCACUACCUCAUAAGUAUUUUACUGAAGAAUGCCACAGAGGAACCAAAUGAGUGUGCAAGGUGCAUUGCCAUUUGCUCCCUUGGGGUCUGGAUCUGUGAAGAGCUUGCACAGGGCACGAACCAUCCUCAGCUGAGAGAGGCCGUCAAUGUGAUAGGCGUCACUUUGAAGUUUCCUAACAAAACCGUGGCCCAGGUAGCUUGUGAUGUGCUUCAGUUGCUGGCUUCCUACUGGGAAAAGCUUCAGAUGUUUGAAACCUCCCUGCCUCGGAAAAUUGCAGAAAUCCUCGUGGCCACAAUCGCUUUUCUUUUACCAAGUGCAGAAUAUUCCUCAGUGGAAACAGAUAAGAAGUUCCUCGUGUCCCUGCUGCUCUGCCUCCUGGACUGGUGCAUGGCACUGCCAGCGGGUGCGCUCCUCCACCCCGUGUCCACGGCGGCCCUGGACGAGCAGCCCACGGCCCGGGCCCCCUUGCUGGAUUACAUCUACAGGGUUCUGCACUGCUGUGUUUGCGGCUCAAGCACGUACACCCAGCAGAGCCGCUACACCCUGACCCUGGCUGACCUGUCGUCCGCGGAUUACGACCCCUUCCUCCCACUGGCAAACGUGAAGAAUUCUGAGCCGGUCCAAUUUCAUUCAUCAGCAGAACUGGGCAACCUGCUUACUGUCGAAGAGGAGAGGAGGCGGAGGAGCAUGGAGCUGAUCCCGCUGACCGCGCGCAUGGUGAUGGCGCACCUGGUCAACCACCUGGGGCACUUCCCCCUGCGCGGGGGCCCCGCCGUGCUGCACAGCUUGGUCAGCGAGCACCACGACAACACACACGCCGACGCUGCCGAGCUCUCCCCCGACGUGUUCAGGAGCCCGAACCUGCAGCUGUUUGUGUUCAACGAUAGCACCCUCAUCUCCUACCUGCAGACACCCGCGGCGGGUCCUCCCGGCGGGUCGCCAGCGGGCGCCCCCUCGGACGUGAGAGUGAUCGUGCGGGACAUCUCGGGGAAGUACUCCUGGGACGGGAAGGUGCUCUAUGGACCUCUGGAAGGCUGCUUAGCCCCACAGGGCAGAAGUCCCUCGUUCCUGAUCUCGGGCUGGCAUCACCAAACGCCUGGACCUCAGGGGGAUCAUUCUCAAACUGAGCAGGGGGAGGAUGUCCUCAACAAAUUACUUGAAAACAUUGGCCACACGAGUCCCGAAUGCCUUUUACCGUCACAGCUCCAUCUCAACGAGCCUUCCCCACCCCCGUGUGGAAUGAACCGUGCCCAAGAGAAGGAAAUCACCGAGAUCCUCCUGCGCCAGAGCGCACAGGAAGACGAGUAUGUCCAGAGGUGCGACUUGGACGCGGCCAUGAAGGUUGCCAGCCAGGAGCCGCCAUCACCGGUGGAGCCCCGGGGAGCCUUUUACUUCUGCAGGUUGCUGCUCGAUGACUUGGGAAUGAAUUCUUGGGACAGAAGGAAGAAUUUCCAUCUGUUGAAGAAAAAUUCAAAAUUACUGAGAGAGCUAAAAAAUCUGGACUCCCGACAAUGCCGUGAAACGCACAAAAUCGCAGUGUUUUACGUUGCUGAUGGCCAAGAAGACAAGUGCUCGAUCCUUUCCAAUGAAAGAGGAAGCCGAGCGUACGAAGACUUUGUUGCCGGACUGGGAUGGGAGGUGGACCUCUCAACCCACUGCGGGUUCAUGGGCGGACUUCAACGCAACGGCAGCACGGGCCAGACUGCCCCCUACUAUGCUACCUCGACUGUGGAAGUGAUUUUCCACGUUUCAACUCGGAUGCCAUCAGAUUCAGAUGAUUCGCUCACCAAAAAGCUCCGUCACUUGGGGAAUGACGAGGUCCACAUCAUCUGGUCUGAACACUCCCGGGACUACCGCAGGGGGAUCAUCCCCACCGCCUUCGGAGACGUUUCAAUCAUCAUCUACCCCAUGAAGAAUCACAUGUUCUUUAUCGCGAUAACGAAGAAACCCGAGGUUCCGUUUUUUGGGCCCCUGUUUGAUGGAGCAAUCGUGAGUGGGCAGCUCCUGCCAAGCCUUAUCUGUGCCACUUGCAUCAACGCCAGCAGGGCCGUGAAGUGCCUCAUCCCCCUCUACCAGAGCUUCUACGAGGAGAGAGCUCUGUAUCUCGAAGCAGUAAUCCAGAACCACCGCGAAGUCAUGACGUUUGAGGAUUUCACAGCCCAGGUCUUCUCCCCGUCUUCCAGCUACUCCGUCAGCGGAACUGAUACGUAAAGGCCUCGGCGCAGUAUUUGUACAAGGGCCCUGGCUGCCAGGCUGAGCCUCCCGCACGGCGCCUCUCGGGGAGGGGGAGAUGGCUGAGAGUCCCCCACUUCCCCACCCGAACCCCCAAACCCAGACUUCGGGAACAUCGCUGCCCUGCUGGUGCCCUCAGCCGGUCUCCCCGUUCACCGUCUUCUGAAGUUGAAGAGGAAUCCCACCGAAAUGCUGCGGAUCAGACUUUCAAACUGAUCCGCAUCAGUGGCAUCUCAGGAACCUUGGCGGUGGCAUCUCAAGAACCUUGGGCUUCGAAAGAAGAAAAGGAAAAGUUGCCAACCACCGGAGACUCGCCCACUGUCAUGCGGCGCCGGUGGGGCUGCCCUAACAGAGGAAAAAGGAGAACGUUCCGGGAGGGCGGGGGGCAGCUGGCUCUGUCCCCCGGUCGUUUAUAAACCCAUCAUGUUUCACCGAGGGGCCGGCCAAAUGCCUGUCAGGUUGUUGGAGGAAUGUUCCCUGCCUUGAUUUUGCUCAUUCUUCUUCUGUUAGGAUUUAUGGUUAGUCCAAAAUUUCAUCAUCAUGGAAAUUGGCUUUCCCUAGAGUCUCGAGCCCGGGAGAAGUUUUACCUCUGUUGCUGUGUGUAUUCCACCUGGUUCCUGAUGCCUGCUAACUGGGGAGAGGUUUCCUGCCUCUGGCCCUACUGGAGGCCCUCCAGGUGAUGACGGUGAAGCUUCUAUCACAGAGCGCUCAGGUGAUUCUAGAAACACAGGGUCCUGUCCCUGCAAAGCUCCCUUCCAGGCUCCUCCAAAGGCUUUGCCCUGUGGUGCCCUGCCGGCAGGGGCCUCACACACGUUUCCUGACACACAGAGCUUUAGGGUGACAGAUCCCGAGCAGAGGGUGUGUGAUCCCUACUUUGUACCCAUUUGCCUCCCCAAGGAAGGCCUGGUGCAUCUUUUUAAAAAAAAGAGAAAGAAAGAAAGCCCCACCUUCCGUCUGUGCUUGCCGGGCGCUCUUGCUGGGGUCGGGGUGUUGGAUGCAGGCCCUCUGCUUGUCAUCUAGGCCCUCGGGCCAUCUGCGGAGUGAGCCCUGGGCUCAGAACAGGGGAGCUGCCAGCUAAGGGCUUAGAAAGGUCUCCGUGCAGGUGCUUCCCCGCCCUCCCCUGCCCUCCGCCUCUCCACUCUUGCCCUCACCUGUGCACACCCCCAGCCUGCCUUGGCCACCUUCCUGCUGAGCCCACUCACCCGCAGAGCUGCCGUUUUCCCUGACCACCCAGGUCCAGGUGGCUGGGCUGGUACCCGACGUUGGCAGGAGAGGUGGGCAGACCCAGGAGCCAGCCUUGGUGUGAGGACAGUGGAGAAAGGCUUUCCUGGAAGGAGGGGACUUCUAAUUCUCGAGGGAGCUUGUUCUGUUUUACAGAGGACUGCAGGCAGGACUUGAGGCCAGGCCCACAGAAAGGGGCGGCUCGAGCACCGUUGGGACCUGAGAGAACCAGGUUCAUUCCAAACAGAAGCAGCGCUCCGGGCUGGCCUGUAAACGGGGCCGAUUUGUUGCCUGAUUGGGGGCUUAGUGGCAACAUAAAGGGUGACUGGAAGUGACAGCCUUUUCUGCUGUGUUAGCAGCUGUCACGAUUCUCAUCUUCCCGGGCACCCCCUCCCCAACUUUAAGUGCUGUGGGCUCUCUGCUUGGCGUGCUUUGGCCCACGUGGCUCUGGACUCAGCACUCCUGCUGCUGCUCCACGUGGUACCUCGUUCCUGCGGGAAGGGCAUCGCGUGCUCCUGGGCUCCCGAGUGCCACGUAAGCUCUAGCUUCUGGGAGAAUGUGUCACCUUCAGGCUCUAGAAUACCCCUGUUGCAGAAUUCUUGGAUUUAGUCAGUGUCAGGAUUCAGAAUCGUAUUGAACCUACCCGGACUCCUGUACCAUACUUCCAUUUCAUCUCCAGGAACCAGUCCUGACCUGGAGUGGGAAAUCCGGUUGUAGGUAGCAAAUAGGUAGACCUUCCUAUAAUCCCUAAUGAUUUUUGGCAGCCCCAUGACCCUAGAGGACAGCCAGAAGUUUUAUGGCUCUUCGCAGUAACAGCUUUGGUUUGGAGAUUUGGAACCGGGAGACAGGAACUCUAGCGACCAGUUUUGCUUGCACUCACAUGCACUUGAAUCGUUCUUGUUAUUUGGGGUGGAAAAUUGAAAUGAUCAAGUUUUUUUUUUUUUUUCACUUAGAAAAGCAAAUAUUGAGCUUCUGUAAUAAAUGCCUUUCAGCAAAAUUGCCGAGGGUCACUCAUCCGGUGGGGACCCCACCUGAGUCACAGUGCUGACUCGUCACAUUAGUAGGUCAGCCAUCUGUAAACAAAAGUGGCCCUAAGUGGCCCAAAAUAGAUAAGACUUGCUGGCUUCCAGGCAGGGCCAGGCCAGUCCCCUCACUUCUCUGCACGCUGAUUUCCAUCUGAAGCAAAGAUGUUGUUCUAUAGUCUCACUGAGUAGGUUUUUGUACUUAAAAAAAUAGUAAUUCCACAAAAUGAUGACAUUUUAAGUGGUAAAACCUUAAGUAGACAGCAGUGAGGACUUGUAGCUAGGGUAAGCGACUGUCACAGCGUCUUCCUGCGGUUAAGGCUGCAGUUCCCAACGGCCACUGGGAAGGAGGGGGUUUCAGCCUUGACCCUGUGAGAGAGGCUGGCUUAUGGGACCUUAGCCUUACCAACAAGAUCAUGCGGAUCGGUAGACAAUGCAAAUCACGUCUUCCUGACCUUCCUCAGGUGUGACCACCUGUGCUUCAUUUACUGUCAUAUCUGUAUCAUCUGGAGGUUUGAAGGAUGCUUUCAUGUUUACUGUGAUGUCGUAGAUGUAACUGUGCUACCUUCAUAGCUACUGAAGGGGAAUGUUCCGCAUCCGAAGGGAAAUUCAGCAGGAAACAACCACCUUUUAGUUGCACUCAGUACCUAUGUAUGACAUACACAUUAAGUGAAUGUUUUCUUAUGUUUUCAGGUCUACAAUAUUUAGUACAUGUAAAUGAGGACGAAAUUUGAUAAACAUGGUAAAUUAAGUUAUAGGGUGUCAUUUGAUUUCUAUCUUGCUGUCUCUUGUUAUUUAAUUUUCCUGAUGCUCCACAUCUGGGCUUAUACCUCCAUCGGUGUAGACCUUGCCUGUAACCCACUUGGCAGGCAUGGUGCCCCGUGGCAAGGGGCGACCCUCGCCCGGAGAAGCACACGGCUCACCGAUGGCCACUACCUGACUCUCCAGUUUGCCCUCUGUCUUUAAUUCUGAUUUACUGUGACGACUUAAUAAAGUAGAAACACAGUACUCAUG